UACACACACAAUCAUCUCUACAUAUAUUGCCCUCACCAAAGUCAAUUCAGCUAGCAACUCAAAGUCAAGAUCAUUUUUUUGUACUAAAAAUCCCAUAAAACAUCUUUGAUCUUCUAUGAAUCCCCAAGAAUUGUGAUAAGUAUAUCAUAAUACAGAAACAUGCAUGAUCAAAGAAGAAUGACAUGGGAGUUCUUUUUAAUAUACCUUUUGGUUAUAUUUGCAACUAUUCAAGAAAGCUUGUGUGAUUUAAAUCAGCAACAGAAGAAUGCUACAAAUCAAGUGGGCUCUUCUGUAAUUUUACCUGUUACUGGCAAUGUUUAUCCUAAAGGGUACUAUCAUGCAACCCUUAAGAUAGGCAAUCCACCAAGACCUUACUUCCUCGAUAUAGAUACUGGAAGUGAUAUCACCUGGCUACAAUGUGAUGCACCUUGCACCAAAUGUUUUCCAGCACCUCACCCUCUCUACAAGCCCAGUAAAGACAUUGUAAAAUGUAAAGAUCCGUUAUGUGCAUUGUUUCACUUGCCAAAAAAUGUACCCUGCGAAAGCCCAGAAGAGCAAUGUGACUAUGAGGUUGAGUACGCAGAUCAUGGCUCAUCUAUGGGUGUACUGGUUAAAGAUAUAUUUCCUUUGAAAUUGACUAAUGGUGAAACUUCUGUUCCUCGUCUGGCCUUUGGCUGUGGUUAUGAUCAAGAAGUUGCAAAUGGAGUGCAUCCACCAUACACCGAUGGAGUCCUUGGCCUUGGUAAUGGGAAAUCAACCUUUUUAGCACAAUUGCGCAAUCUUGGUGUGAUGCGAAAUGUAUUUGGUCAUUGCUUCAGUUCACGGGAGGGAGGUUUUCUUUUCUUGGGGAAUGAUGUUGUCCCCUCUUCUGGAAUUGUCUGGGCGCCAAUGUCAAGCAAGUCUGGCGAAAUACACUACACCUUGGGACCAGCUGAAUUACGAUAUGAUGGGCAAGCUACCGGAGUCGAGGGCCUUCCAGUAUUGUUCGAUAGUGGAAGCACCUACACCUACUUCAGUUCUCGAUCUUAUGAAGUUCUACUUAAUCAGUUGAAGAAAACUUUGAGUCAGAAUCAAUUUAAAAAUGCCAAUGAUGAUAAAACCCUUCCGGUAUGCUGGAAAGGCAAAAAACAAUUCAAAUCCAUUCAUGAUGUCAAGAACUUAUUCAAGCCAUCGGUCUUGAGUUUUACAACAUCUAAAAAUGCGCAGCUCCAACUGUCUCCUGAAGCGUAUCUUAUUGUCUCAGAUCGUGGAAAUUUGUGCUUAGGCAUUCUGAAUGGUAAGGAUGUAGGACUGGGAGAAUCUAUUAUAAUUGGAGACAUUUCUAUGCAAGACAAAAUGGUGAUAUAUAAUAAUGAGAAACAACAGAUUGGAUGGGCCCCUGCGAAUUGCGAUAGACUUCCCAAGUCCUGAGCAAAUAUUGUUUUACUUUCACAUUAGUGGGCUGCGAUCAUUCACUCCAGGAAUUAUGUGUUCAAGUUUUUAACAGUGUCGAUCAUGGCUUCAUGGGAGUGCUUUUUCAGGAUCAUUCAGACGAGUAGCGUAUCUUACCAGGUUCUUCCUCCAAUCAGAGUCAGUUUUUGGAUGGAAUCAUAAUUUGAUCAGAUAUUCAGAUUAGAUGAAUUCUUUUUUAAUGGCAGAGUAGAUGAGUUCUUGUAAAAUUUUAAAAGGCAUAAAUAUUUUUAUGAAGAUUAUAUAUAGAACAUUAUACAAGGUUUCUUUAGAAUGUAA